AUGAGCCGCAGUCCCACUGGCCUCAGUGAGCGGGGCGAGACCUCAAAGGAGACGCGUUUGUCGUGGGCGGAGAAGGCACGUGAGAAACUGGCAGCCGAGCGUCGCCGCGACGACGGAGGGGUGAAGGAUAAGCGCUGCAUCUUCCAUCUUAUUGGUGUGGGGGAGCACGUGGAUGUAGAGGCUGAGCAGCAACGGCAGCGGCACAGUGGCCUUCUCGUGCCGCUCCAAGCUCUUCCCCUUGACGCAUGGGACAUAAUCUCCUCGUUCCUGAACUUUCGUGAGGUUCAAUUGCUGAGCAGCACCUGCCGUCUCUUCUGGGUGGAGUUGCACAGACGGGGGAAUAUUUGGCGUGGCCAACUCGAGCAAUUUCGACAGGACAUGAUGAACUUACGUGGCGACGGACAACUCCUGUCUACGGAGUUUCUGACGCCCGUCCCAUGCACCGUGUAUGAGCGCAUGAAGCUCGAACACAAACUGUACGUCAUGGACGCACGGAGAGAAUGGCACUUUCGAGAACAAGAAAAGGCUGACAGAUCGAAUGGCAUUUUUUCCUCUCCGCUUAUUUUUACCGCGGGCGACAAAGACGCUGGCGAUCAGGAUCACUUUUUCUUAAGCGAUGAGGAGGCGCUGCCUCUGUCACAAAUCCGUGUUCUGCGUCCGGCGCCACGGAGUGCGUCUGAGCCCGCGUACAACAGUAGUACUGCCGAUGUUAGCCAGGGUAACCGCAACAUGAGCCAUCCUGCGGCGUCAAUCUACACUCCAAGUGAGUACUUGACCAUUUGCGACAACAUUAACCACGGCGAUUUCACCUGGUCUCGAAAUGUUGUGCAAGACCGUACGGCUGAUGAGGAUGAGCUGAUACUUUUUGCCCUACAACAGACGCUGCGCCGUGCCAAACGUCCUCCGACUCGCCGCUCUUUGGGAGAUGGGUCCAGCAGCUCUUAUCACCACAUGUUACGCCGCUUCAGUGGGACAUUGCUUGCCAUCUGUCGCUACGAGGCGGAGCAAAUAUUCAACACCUCUCUGCGUAUGCACGGAAUCAUUGAUGACUUUGUCAUCUUCGACGACUCUUCCUGGACCGGGCCACGAGACUCCGCUAGGCCGGUGCCACUGUUACAAACACGCUAUUUCAUUGCCCCCGAGCUAUGUCGCGACGGGCGUAUUGGGCUCAUCGUGGUUGACCCGGUGCGUGUGCUGGUGGUGGUGGGGAAGGAGUGCGUCACGCGCGAUGAUCCUCAGUGGGAUGAAGCGUACACGACGGCUGUAGAAGUGGGUCGCGCGCCACAAGGAAGUGGAAGGAAUCCUCAGCCGUCACGACGAGUAUAG